AUGAUGGCGACUCCUGUGAGCGCACAGUGCUCCAGUAAAACAUGGGAGCUGAGUCUGUACGAGUUGCACCGCACCCCACAGGAAGCCAUCAUGGAUGGUACGGAGAUAGCCGUGUCCCCACGCAGCCUUCACAGUGAGCUCAUGUGUCCCAUCUGCCUGGACAUGUUAAAGAACACAAUGACCACCAAAGAGUGCCUCCAUCGCUUCUGCUCAGACUGCAUCGUCACUGCUCUACGAAGCGGGAACAAGGAAUGCCCCACAUGCAGAAAGAAGCUCGUCUCUAAACGAUCCCUUCGCCCAGACCCCAACUUUGACGCUUUAAUCUCCAAGAUCUACCCAAGCAGAGACGAGUAUGAGGCCCACCAGGAUCGAGUUCUGGCAAAGCUGAGUCGGCUGCAUAAUCAACAGGCCCUGAGCAGCAGCAUUGAAGAGGGGCUUAAAAUGCAAGCAAUGAACAGGGCACAGAGGGUCAGAAAACACCAACCACGAGUCAGACAACACUACUUUCAGUGGUGGAGAGGAUAACUGCGACAGUCGCUCUCACGUUAGUAAUCCAUCGGUACAUAGCAACCCAGGAAGCCGGGCCAUCCCGCAAGAGGUCUCGAGCUUCAGAGGAUUCUGGGGCAGAACCAGAUCUGUCACAUGAAGGUGGAGUACGAAGUCCAGACCCACAGGGAACGGGAGAGGCCGGUAGUGAAAUCGAACUGGUGUUCAGGGCCCACCCAUUGCUGGUGGAGAAGGACGGUUUACAGCCAAACCAGGUUUGUAAAGACCACAGCAAACGCCACAGUUGAUCAUCUCUCCAAGUAUCUGGCUCUUCGGAUUGCUCUAGAGGAAACAGGCGCAGCGGGGAGGAACAGAGGCCGUGUCACUGGGGGAGGUCAGCGAGAAGCAAUACACCAUUUAUAUCUGCGCGGGGGCUUGCUGCCGGUGGACAAUACACGACUCUGAAUGGAUCAUUAACCCUGGAGCUUUUUUUUUUUUGAGAAGUACUGGAAGGUGAGCAAGCCUCUGGAGUUGUUAUUACGCUCCUACGAAGGAACAGAAAUAA